GGUGCGUCCGGCGUCCCCAGUCUUAUAAAUAGGAGCUGGUGAGACGCGAGUUGCGCAGUUCACAACCGGACAGUAUUGUUUUCUGUGGGAGUGGCGUCGGUGCUGACAGGCUGAUUUUAUAGUCUUACACAUAAGUGUCCAAGCCGCGGGAGGUUAACGUUCAACAUGCAGAUCUUUGUGAAGACCUUGACUGGCAAGACCAUCACCCUAGAGGUUGAGCCCAGUGACACUAUUGAGAAUGUCAAGGCUAAGAUCCAGGACAAAGAAGGCAUCCCACCCGACCAGCAGAGGCUGAUCUUUGCAGGCAAGCAGCUGGAAGAUGGCCGUACCCUGUCUGACUACAACAUCCAGAAGGAAUCCACCCUCCAUCUUGUACUGCGUCUGAGAGGUGGUAUGCAGAUCUUUGUGAAGACCCUGACCGGCAAGACCAUCACCCUAGAGGUUGAGCCCAGUGACACUAUUGAGAAUGUCAAGGCUAAGAUCCAGGACAAAGAAGGCAUCCCACCCGACCAGCAGAGGCUGAUCUUUGCAGGCAAGCAGCUGGAAGAUGGCCGUACCCUAUCUGACUACAACAUCCAGAAGGAAUCCACCCUCCAUCUUGUACUGCGUCUGAGAGGUGGUAUGCAGAUCUUUGUGAAGACCCUGACCGGCAAGACCAUCACCCUAGAGGUUGAGCCCAGUGACACUAUUGAGAAUGUCAAGGCUAAGAUCCAGGACAAAGAAGGCAUCCCACCCGACCAGCAGAGGCUGAUCUUUGCAGGCAAGCAGCUGGAAGAUGGCCGUACCCUGUCUGACUACAACAUCCAGAAGGAAUCCACCCUCCAUCUUGUGCUGCGUCUGAGAGGUGGUAUGCAGAUCUUUGUGAAGACCCUGACCGGCAAGACCAUCACCCUAGAGGUUGAGCCCAGUGACACUAUUGAGAAUGUCAAGGCUAAGAUCCAGGACAAAGAAGGCAUCCCACCUGACCAGCAGAGGCUGAUUUUUGCAGGCAAGCAGCUGGAAGAUGGCCGUACCCUGUCUGACUACAACAUCCAGAAGGAAUCCACCCUCCAUCUUGUGCUGCGUCUGAGAGGUGGUAUGCAGAUCUUUGUGAAGACCCUGACUGGCAAGACCAUCACCCUAGAGGUUGAGCCCAGUGACACUAUUGAGAAUGUCAAGGCUAAGAUCCAGGACAAAGAAGGCAUCCCACCUGACCAGCAGAGGCUGAUCUUUGCAGGCAAGCAGCUGGAAGAUGGCCGUACCCUGUCUGACUACAACAUCCAGAAGGAAUCCACCCUCCAUCUUGUGCUGCGUCUGAGGGGUGGCUGUUAGUUAUUGUGGACCAUGCUUUACAUGAUUGCCAAUAGCAUUUGUUUUUGCACUGUAGCCCUUUAAUGUCUUAAUAUUGUAAGUUAAAUACAAGUUGCAGUAACUGCUGAACAGUCUGUGAAUGCUAAUAAAGAUUUUUGUUGCACAUUA